CUCCUAUCUAUUCUUAGGUGACACUUCAGCAGCAUUGACCAGGCAGGAGGGGGAAAGAUCCCUAUUCUGCACUUUAAUUUGAUAGAUAGAAAAUAAGAAGAAAGGAUCUCUCUUAAAAGCAAAAAACAAACUAGAUAUACCCACCUGUUUUUCCCCCUUCCCUCUGUUCCAUACAGCCUUUGGGGUUUGUGGCGUAAAAGAGAGACAAAAUGUCGUUCAACGUGACUCUCAACGGACCUGGACCGUGGGGGUUCCGACUGCAAGGGGGGAAGGACUUCAACAUGCCUCUGACCAUCUCCAGAAUUACACCUGGCAGCAAGUCAGCUCAGUCCCAGAUGAGCCAGGGGGACUUGGUGGUAGCCAUUGAUGGAGUCAACACAGAAGGCAUGACCCACUUGGAGGCCCAGAACAAGAUAAAAUCAGCGAGCUACAACCUGACUCUUACCCUUCAAAAGUCAAAACGCCCAGCUCCAGUUCCAACAGCCACCCCAAGAAUUGACUCUCCCAUGCCAGUGAUUCCUCAUCAAAAGGAUACUGUUCUGGAAGUCAAUGGCAACCGAGCAAGCUUCAAUCCUCUAAGUAGCACAUCGGCUGAAUCCCUGAGUAGCAUUUUAGCAACCAAUGGAGCAUGCACAGGCUACCUUCGCAAACAAGAGACCAGUAUAUCACAUAGCUCUUCCUUCCUAAAGACUACAUCUAUUAGAUCUUCCAUGUCUUCUCAAUCUGUAACAUCUGGCCACUCACCAGCAAAAAAUGACCUAGAGUCAAAAACAGGCUCAGUAAUAGCAGAUGGCAACAUCCCUAAAAACCAGCUGAGCCCAGCAAAACAAUAUAACAACCCUAUUGGGCUUUACUCAGCAGAUACUUUAAGGGAAAUGGCCGAGAUGCAUAAAUUAAGUCUCACGCAAAAGGCUUCAAAAGGUGGACUUCUUAGCGGUAGCCUCCCUGUUAAAGAUCCUCAUGUAGACAGUGCCUCCCCAGUGUAUCAGGCUGUACUUAAAACUCAGAACAAGCCUGAAGAGGAGCUUGAUGACUGGAGCCGCCGUUCCUCCAACUUGCAAUCCAGGUCCUUCCGCAUCCUGGCUCAGAUGACAGGAACUGAGUACAUGCAAGACCCAGAUGAAGAUGCCCUGAGGAGAGCAAGUGGCAAGAAACAUGUUGCUGAAACCUCUGAAAACAGCCCUACAGGUACUGCUCAUGAGCCACAGUAUGCGACAUCAAGUGUUUGGCAUCACCCUAAGUCUCGCAACACAGAUGCCAACACUGAAAGAGCUAAAGCAGUGGCUUCCAAAGGUUCUGUGAGAUUUGGAGCAGGUACAAACCAGAGGGAGGCCAGCUAUGUCAGUGCUGGCCAAGCAGUCCCUCUUGCUUCAUCCAGUAAUCAAAGUACCCCUGUUGAGCAUGCGCCAGUGUCUACCAGCUGUGUCUCUUCUGCUAUGCCGCCUGCUUCUGCCAAUCAAUCCACUAGUGCCACUUACAGUGCUGUCCGUCAGAUGAGCCCAGCUUCAGCGUCAGCCACUUCAGUGGUACAGGACUCCAGCCCAUCCUCCUGCCAAAGCGUCAACCGACAGUCUUCCACUUCCAUCACCUACCAAUCCAAAAAGAGAAGUCCAGGCCAAACCUAUACAUCAGCCCCAGCUUCUCAUGGUCCAGCUCCAUACCCAGGCUACAGCGAAGCCCCAGCUCCUGCUUCAAAACCCAGAGUUGUCACCACAGCCAGUAUAAGGCCCUCAGUCUAUCAACCAGCUCCGGCACCGGCUCCAGCACCAGCACCAGCUUCAGCACCUAUGUCUAUGCAUACUUACACUCCAGCCCAAGCAGAGCCUUCAAGCCGUCCUCCCUGGGUAACAGAUGACUCAUUCUCCCAGAAAUUUGCUCCUGGGAAAACUACCACUACAGUCACUAAGCAUAUCCUGCCUCGGGGAGCUCCAGUCCCACCACCACCUGCCUCUGCUCCAGCUUACACACCUCCAUCGAUUUCCGCCUCAUCCCAAGCUCCUGCUGUUGCCCGGGGAACCAUCCAAAGGGCUGAGCGCUUCCCAGCCAGCAGCCGAACUCCACUGUGCGGACACUGUAACAGCAUAAUCAGGGGACCUUUCCUGGUAGCCAUGGGUCGUUCUUGGCAUCCAGAGGAAUUCAACUGUGCCUACUGCAAGACAUCCCUGGCUGAUGUAUGCUUUGUUGAAGAACAGAACGCUGUGUACUGUGAGCGCUGCUAUGAACAGUUCUUUGCCCCAACCUGUGCCAGAUGUCAUACCAAGAUCAUGGGGGAAGUGAUGCAUGCCCUGAGGCAGACUUGGCACACCACUUGCUUUGUCUGCGCUGCCUGCAGGAAACCAUUUGGGAACAGUCUUUUCCACAUGGAGGACGGAGAGCCCUACUGUGAGAAAGACUACGUUGCCUUAUUCAGCACCAAAUGCCACGGAUGUGAUUUCCCUGUUGAAGCAGGAGAUAAGUUCAUCGAAGCCCUUGGACAUACUUGGCAUGAUACCUGCUUCAUUUGUGCUGUGUGCCACGUGAAUUUGGAAGGUCAGCCGUUUUAUUCAAAGAAGGAUAAGCCACUAUGCAAGAAGCAUGCACAUGCUAUUAAUGUCUAAAGGAAGAGCCAGAAGCUAACAACAAAGUGACAAGAAUGGCGGCUGAUUCAAGGAUUGAAACAUGGAUAACUCUCAUGGUGGGGAGGGGCAGGGGAGAUAAUGAAUUAUGAACACUGCUAAAAUUGAUUUCAUUUGCUUUUAUAUGUGCAGCUCUUGGUCUAGUGUAUUUAAUACCAAACAAAUGAAUUCACAUUCAAACAUUGUUGAAAAUUUUUGAGCAAAACGAACAAAGCUAAAAACAAUUUAUAAAACCGUAUCCUAAAAUUAUUUUUUUAACAUCUUAUAUGUUUAAUAUGUUCACCAAGGCAGCCUUUAGGCUGCUCAACAGUGAUAUAAAAAUAAACAGAAAAUCAUUCUUAGUAUUAUGAUACAAUGUUGAUGUGCCAAAAUAAUAAGUGUAGCAUAACUUUUAAGAAUUGUUCUUAGCUACAGGUCACUAAAAUGUCCCUCACAAAACAGAUUUUUAUGUCAUGAAUCUUAUUCUGAGUUGUAUAGACAUUACAUAGACUUUGUAAUGGCUUUGAUAGGUAAGAUGCAAUUAACUAAAAGCACCCCCAGUGGUUUAUUCAAGAGAGGCUUGAAUCCAGACAAAACUGAGCCCAUUCAAAUUUUUCCAUAGUGACAUGAGAACUGCUUCCAUGGGGUAUAUGUUGUUCUUCAUCACCCUGCUCAUCUGUAAAAGUGGGAGAGGAACCAAUGGUAUGGGUUUUUUCCUUAUGUGACUAUUGUGGCCCCUCUCCCAAUGAUAUGUAUUAAUGGUAAAAUGAAUUAUAUCAUUGGUUCCCCACACAUGAUCCUUUAUGCUUGCAUUAUCAGAGCAACAAGACUAUCCUAGGAAAACACUAAGACACUGCUAUGAGUAUGAGUUGAUCCUAGUAUUGGAAAGUAGGAGCACAGCAUUAUUUUGCAUGUGCCCAAAGCUGCCUGGGAGCCAUUUCCAUGUGAUGCUGUGCCAUGCGCAUGUCAUGUGUUUGUGUGAAUAUUGCAUUGUGAGGCUCAUUGGAUGCCUCUUCCAGCCAAAAGAGUGGCAUUUGGGUGGUGGUCAUGGAGAAAUAGCCACAGUCUUUACCUUCUAAGUGGCUGUGAUGUCCACCUAAACCUUGUCACUCUGUGCAAUAUAACCAUAGGGGAGGAGAAAGGACUUGUUUGUGAUAGUGAUUGGUAGAAGGGAAGAGGGGAAAAAAGAUGUUGGGUGAUAUUAAUUCCAGUUGCAAAAGGAGAAACGGUAGAGAGGAUAGAAGUUUAAAUAUUUAUAGCAAAUUACCUCGUUCAGAGUAUAAGAAGGGAGCUUGAUUUCCACAGUUUGCUGUUAUAAAAGAAAGAUCAAGGGCUAGAAAUGAUCUAUGUGGUGUUUCUUUCUUUAGCAGAGUAACUUUCCUUCUGGUUCCUCCCUUUGUUUUGUGGGUUAGUGGUUAACUUGUAAGACAAGAGUCAGUAGACGAAAUGUCUAGUAUGAGAUCUAUCCAAAAAAGGGAAAAGAAGCGAAAGGGGAUUCCAAUUGUAUUUCGAUGUCUUUGAGAAUUUGUACUUUGUUUCUCCUACAAUUGAUAACUAUUUACAGGGCAGUCCUCAAUGAAACACAUGUCCUGUUCUAACUGUGAUUAGAUUAGAUUCUUUCAGUAUGACAUCUCUGAAGUGUAAUUGUGUUUCCAGCUAUACAGAAAUAACUCAGAAUAGUAUUAAGGUUACAUCCCUUUUUCAGAUUUUGAACAAAUAUAUUUAAUAUUUCAGCACAUACAUACGCAAACUUUUGUACUGUUGCAGCUGGCAAUACAUCUUUAUUCUGUCAGUUAUAUCUUAUGAUUUGGAAUAUUUUAAGCAGGUAGUGUCAGAUAAUAGUUGUAUAUAAAUAAGCAGGGAUUCAUGUCUACUCAGAUGAUCAUCCUAAACUGUGACAUAGGCAUGGAAGGGUUCCCACCCCUCAUGUCACUGGAAAAAAAUGGCCAUAAAGUUCAAGCUGUUUACUCCAACGAAAUCCAAAUGUUAUCUUCUCCAAUAAGUAGCUGCAGCACUGGAGCUAUUUAUACUUACUGCAAUAUAUACAUAUUUGGCAUUCAUUAAAAAAGAAAAUCCAUAAUUUGGUUUUAGUAAAAGAUAAAGGUUCCCCUUGA